AUUCCGCCUUCUUCGAGAAAAACUCUCCAAGAAAAGCAUAUCGCUUUUAAAGCGUUGGGAACUUAGGAUCCUGAUCUUUUUCUGCUGUCUACUACUCCAUGUUUAGUUAUUUAGAAACAGAGAAGCAAAACCGAAUGAAACAACGAAAAGAACCGUGUAAGAAAUUCACAUCAGAAGAAAGUGAAUGAUUUUUUUCCCCCAGUUUUUUUUCUUUGGCAUGGUUUAUUUGUAGCAUAUAAUAUCGCAAUUUUUAAUGGAAAGGGAUAGCUUUGAAUGUGUGUCGUCUUUGGAUGGGAUCGAUGAGGAAGAGAUCCAACACGACCAUCAGUUCGAGUCCUUGCUGAAGUCCCGCAACAAUGUGGUCCCGCCGGCACCCUCUCGGAGCACUAGCGUCCAUGAACUUCUCGAAUGCCCCGUCUGUACCAACUCUAUGUACCCUCCGAUUCACCAGUGCCAGAAUGGACAUACUCUGUGUUCUACCUGUAAAACUAGGGUACAUAACCGGUGCCCCACUUGUAGACAAGAGCUUGGAGAUAUUAGGUGUCUGGCAUUGGAGAAGGUGGCAGAGUCACUUGAACUUCCCUGCAAGUAUGGCUUCUUGGGAUGCACAGAGAUUUUCCCCUACUACAGCAAGCUCGAGCAUGAGGCUCAAUGUAGCUUCAGACCAUACAAUUGCCCAUAUGCGGGAUCUGAGUGUCCUGUAGUUGGAGACAUCCCUUUUCUUGUAGCCCAUCUGAGGGACGAUCAUAAGGUAGACACCCAUGUGGGCUGCACAUUCAAUCACCGCUAUGUCAAGUCCAAUCCCCGCGAGGUAGAGAAUGCGACCUGGAUGCUUACAGUUUUCAACUGUUUUGGUCACUACUUCUGCCUGCACUUUGAAGCGUUCCUGAUUGGCAUAGCCCCAGUUUACAUGGGAUUCCUUCGUUUCAUGGGUGAUGAAAUUGAAGCGCAAAACUUCAGCUACAGCCUGGAGGUUGGGGCAAAUGGCAGGAAGCUGAUGUGGGAAGGCACUCCCCGGAGCAUUCGUGAUAACCAUAGGAAAGUCCGAGAUAGCCAUGAUGGUCUAAUAAUUCAGCGAAACAUUGCACUUUUUUUCUCUGGUGGAGACAGGAAGGAGCUCAAGCUCCGGGUUACUGGACGAAUUUGGAAAGAACAGCAGAAUCCAGAUGGAGGGGUUUGCAUACCCAAUAUCUGCAGUUGAGAUAUCUUGUCCUCUGACCAUCUUGCUCGUUCCUGUUUGAUGCUUUGCUGGCUUGCUGCCUCUUUAUGUGUCAAAUGUACAUCAAAUUUUUCUUUAUUUUGCUGCUGUUUUCAAGAUACUUGAUGUGUCACGAGGGAAGUUUAUGGAUACUGGAGUAUUCGGCUUUUGUAAUUCGUUCAAUAAAGCUGCUCUAGUUUUUAUUUUUA